CUCGGUGAAAAUGCAGCGAGUGUUUGUGUAUGGGACGUUGAGGAAAGAUCAACCUAAUCACCACCUCAUAUCGAAUGGUAUUCAGUCCGGGGAUUGUCAGUUUCAGGGUUUGGGAGUAACUGAGACAAAAUACCCACUCGUUGUAGCGAGUCGAUACAAUGUUCCAUUUUUACUGGAUGCACCAAAUGUACCUAACGCUCAAAAUGUUGAAGGAGAGGUGUACACAGCUAACGAGAAGAUGAUGGGUAUCCUUGAUGGGCUUGAGAGACACCCCGAUUUCUAUACUCGCUGUGAAAUUUCUGUUCUUUUUAAUGAUAAGCCAGAGAAGGCAUGGUGCUAUUUAAUGCAGAAAUUUCGACAACCUUUGCUACAGUUACCGUUCAAUCGAAAAUAUGAUUCCAAAGAGCAUGCGCCUUACUUGGGUGGUGACAAGCGACCAAUAGGAGAGGAAGCGAGACGGAACUUCAUGGCAGAGAUUAAAGAAAAUUUAUAAUGCAGAUGUUGUUUUAAAAUUAAAAUUUAAUUAUUACAAAA